AUGUCAGUGAGGCCUCGCGGACCAGCCGCCGACCCUGCACUCCUGCCGUCGAGCCAUCCCUCGAACCCUUAUGGUCUCAGCCCGGCGAUGUUCCAAGCCAACUCGCUGUCCCCCAAAGUCACCGCAACGCAUGUGUUCUUCCUCGGCGCCGAGUCAUCCGAUCCCCACUGCUGCUUGACUCAGUGGUAUCCUUCUCCAUUCCACGCGCCUCGCCUGCACAGCACAAUUGCCAACGAGGAAUCGUCUGAUUACGUCUUGUUUCCGACGGCGGAGCAUUACAUGAUGUACCAGAAGGCAAUCGUCAUGUCGGACCACGAGUCAGCUGCGCAGAUCCUCAAGCAUCCGCACCCAAGCGAAGCCAAACAACUCGGCAGGGAGGUGCGGAAUUUCGACGGCGAGAAAUGGAAAAAGCAUGCCGAACGGGCGGUCGAAGAAGCCAAUUGGGCAAAAUUCACCCAGUGCGAAGAUCUGGGGACCCUGCUGUUGAACACUGGGGACAAAAUGCUUGUUGAAGCUAGGUGA